AUGACGGUCGAUGAACCCCUGAAAAUCACCAUCGUGGGCGGAGGAAUUGGUGGCCUUGUCACUGCUAUCGCCCUCCGCGGUCCAGGCCGCCACAUCACAGUGCUCGAGCGCUCCCGUAUGCUCCGCGAAGUCGGGGCCACCAUCUCCCUGCAGCCCAACGCCUCGAGAAUAAUCGACAGCUGGGGCCUGGCGCCGUUCCUGGAGGCCUGCAAACCCCUCUCCGACCAAGCCUUCAUGAUCCGCGACGCCACCGGCAAGCUGGUCAACACCAUGACCUUUGACCGGGCCAGGUUCGGCGCCGACCGCGUCAUGUACCACCGGCAGGACCUGCACGCCGCGCUGCGCCGCGCUGCCGAGAGCACGGACCGGCCUGGCCCACCCGCGGUCAUCAGAACUGCGUGCAGGGUCCUGGACUGCGACUCGGAAGAGGGCGCCGUGACGCUCGAGGGGGGAGAGGUGGUGUAUGCGGAUGUGGUUGUGGGCGCGGACGGCAUCAAGUCGGCGUUGAGGGAGGUCGUGGUGGGUAGAAAGUGCGACAUCCACCCGACGGGCCUGACGGCGUACCGCAUCCACCUGCCGCGGACCAUCAUCGAGACUGCCAUUAGGGACCACGGCGCGCCAGCCGAGAUUGGCGACCUCGACCGGCCCGGCACGACCAUGAUCUUGGGACAUGAGCGGCGGGUGCUGUUCGGUCCUGCCAGGGGCGGAGAGCUGUACGGUGGCGUCUGCCUUGUCCCCGAUGAUCAGCUGCUAGAGGCCCUCCCGGGUGAUGCUUGGAACGGUGCCGGGUCCAAGAAGGCGCUCCUCGAGUCGUUCAAGGCGUUCCCGGACUGGUUCCUUGCGAUGAUCAAGCUGGUGGCGGAUGAGGAUAUUGGACUGUGGCAACUACGCGACAUUGAUCCGCUCGAGGCGUGGGCCAAGGGCCGUGCGAUUCUCAUCGGCGACGCGGCGCACGCCAUGCUGCCGACGCAGGGUCAGGGAGCUUCGCAAGCCGUCGAGGAUGCCGAGGCGCUGCAGGCAUACCUGGGGGACCUGCCCGCCAGGCCAAGCGGGGAUCAGGUGGCUGAGGCGCUGAGGAAGGUCUGGGAGGUGAGGCACCAGCGGGCAAUUUUGAUUCAAAACUUUAGCAGGGCUCAGGGGAGGCAAAACAAAGGAGCGGAUGCUUCUGGAAAGGUCACGAUGAAUCCUGGGGAGUUUUUGCAGUUUAAUUGUAGCUAUCUUGGGGCAAAGGAUUGGGAAACGAGGUUGAAGGGGAAGAAGACGGGGAUGGAGACUUUUAUAUAA